GCAUAAAUGUGUUUGUUGUUGUUUUGUAACUACAUAUGGUCGAAGUUUGUUAUUGUUACAGGUAGUUGAAUAUUUGUGAGUUAUUUUAUUGUCGAAGAAAUAUUUACGGUUAAUCAGGAUGUAAAACAAGUCUAUUUAUAUUUUAUGACAAUCCUAAUAAAGGUCCAUGACUGAGGUGGAGAGGUGAGCGCUUGCGAUGGUGUGCGAGAAGUGUGAGCGGAAGCUGGGGCGCGUGAUAACGCCAGACCCGUGGAAGACGGGCGCGCGCAACACGGUGGAGAGCGGCGGGCGCAAGGUGGGCGAGAACAAGGCUGUGACGGCCAGCAAGUCGCGGUUCAGUCCGUACACGACCAAGUUCGAGACGUGCCGCAUCUGCCGGCAGAAGGUGCACCAGGUGGGGUCCCACUACUGCCAGGCAUGUGCAUACAAGAAGGGUAUCUGUGCCAUGUGCGGCAAGAAGUUGCUGGAGACCAAGAACUACAAGCAGUCCUCUGCAUAGACUGAGCCUUAAUCCAUCUUGAGAAAGGAUGCAAGUAGCAAGAAGGAAAUGGCAUACAUAUCUUUCCUACCAUGGCUGGAGAACUACAGUGAACCUUUGAUUCAAUUUGUAGUAGGUUUCAGAAGAGUUGUGUUUUGAACCUGAUAUAUGUAAAAUAGUGCCUAUAUAGUGAUUGUGAGCAACUACAAUGUUAAUUGCAGAGUACUAAUAAUAAAUGUUUUGGUUGGAAUACUAGUAGUAUUUAAGUGUGGAACAGAACUAAGUGCUGGAUGGGCAUAAUGUAAGCAGGAAACUUCAGAUUCUGCGCAGAAAGGUUUUGUGACAGAAACAGAAUUUAGUGCUAUUUAAGAUAUUUAUUAAGCUUUAAAACAAAUUGAAUUAAUGACUAGUCCAAUGAAACUGAUAUUUGACAUAAAUUAUCUCAUGUUAAACAUACUGAUAUUUAUACUGCUGAAUUAUUGUUUAUAAUUUAAAAAUUAUAUUAUGUUAUUGACAGUUUUCACAAUUUUUAAUAACUUAUGUUUUUAUGCAUAUACAGUUAUUAAAGUAUGGUGCAUUCUAGCUAAUUUGAUUACUUUCAAACUCUUGCCAAUGUUUCUUUCACUUAAAGUGGGUUUAGGACAAGUUAUGUUUAAGUUGUAUUUUUUGUUGGCAGUAAUUAUUAUUGUAAGCAGUUAAUUACAACUGUUCAAUUAGCUGGAAUGCACAACAUUGUUUUAUUGCCUCUGUUGUGUUCAUGUACUAAAUAAAAUAAUUGCUAUAUUU